AUCUAUAUCCUUCUUUCUUACUUUUCUUUUCUCUUUUUCCGAUUCAUUACUAUUUCUAACUAAUGACCCAAUUCAGGCUUUUGCUUUAAGCAAUAAAUGAACAAGCUGCUUCAAUCAAGUACUAACACUCUGGCAAUCUCUAAAAAUGAAGCUGUCUACUAAUGCUUAUAGUUCUUGGAAUGUGAAACGCAAUCAUCAUGGUUUUGGAUAGUUGACAUGGGCAAUGAGAUGGGCAACGUAAAUGCGUCUGGGCUAGAAGGGCAAGAAAACCCUGAUUUUGAUGCUUCCAACAAACCUUUAGAAGCAUCAGUGGCCUCAGUUAGUGCAGAAGAUGUAAAAAGUAAAAGUGAACAGAUUAGUUCACCAAAGGAAGAGGACUCUGAUCGAAAACAUGCAGGCUUAGCUUCUGAGAAUCCAUCAGGAAUAAGUGAUCCACAAGAAGAGAAGGAAACAUCUGGUGGAAAAGAACAAGAGAAAACUGAAGUUCAAGCUCCCAAAGUAUCUCUUUUAUUGGCUUCAAAUGAUGAAAAUGGCAUAGCCAGUGGAACACCAUCAGAAAAUGGCAACAUUCAUGGUCACACAGGUUUAUCUACUGAAGAGAACCUGUCAAAGAGAGAGGACCACCAAGCUCAAAAUCAAACAUCAAUAACAAAAGAGGGAGAACUGGAAGGGAAUUCAUCUUUAGAUACAAAAGUUACACCACACAGUCCUGAACCAAAGAUAUCUGAAGAUCUGAAGUAUGACCAUCAGGAAUUUACCAUAGCUCAUGCUGAAGGAGAACUAUAUUCAGAAGAUGGUUCUAAAAUGCAGGCUAGUACUGCAGACGUUCUCAGACUGAACGAAUCCCGUGAAACUGGUGAGGAAGGACCACUAGAGAAUGAAGCAGUGCAAUAUCUCGAUGGAAGCAUUUCCCCCAACAGAAACUCAGAAGCAGCAGAAGACGGGGAUGGCAUAAAAAUGGAAAGCAUGGAAUCCCAAGAAGAGAAAGCUCCACAUAUGAACAAUACCAAUGGAAAGAAGCUUGAAACUAUGGAAGUUCAGAGCAAGGUGUGUCAUAUAAAUCCACAAGUUCUGUCGAGUGAUGUUGAUAAUAAGGGAAAUGAAGAACAAUUACCUGUUGAAAUGGAUUUAGUUAGAAAUGAUGCCAUGAAUUUACAAUCGGAAGCUGUUCUGGUUACAAAACCACCAGAACCAUUCCAGCUAGAAGAUGCUGAGCCCGAAGACAAAUAUAUAGUUCUAACUGAUGAUACAAGAAAGAUGGAGAAUGGGUCAGGAUUUGAACUCAAAGCAUAUGAUCCUGACUCAUCUCUUCUCUUGGGGGGGUUAGUAGAAGAAUCAAAGGUGGAGGAGAUGGAAACUUUUAAAUCUGAUUGCGGAGUGAUGGAUGCAGCAUAUGAUCCUAACUCAUCUCCUCUCUUGGAGGGGUUAGUAGAAGAAUCAAAGGUAGAGGAGAUGGAUACUUUUAAAUCUGAGUGUGGAGUGAUGGGCGCAGCAUAUGAUCCUGACUCGUCUCCUCUCUUGGAGGGGUUAGUAGAAGAAUCAAAGGCAGAGGAGAUGGAUACUUUUAAAUCUGAGUGUGGAGUGAUGGGCCCAGCAUAUGAUCCUGACUCGUCUCCUCUCUUGGGGGGCUUAGUACAAGAAUCAAAGGUAGAGGAGAUGGAUACUUUUAAAUCUGAGUGUGGAGUGAUGGGCCCAGCAUAUGAUCCUGACUCGUCUCCUCUCUUGGGGGGGUUAGUACAAGAAUCGAAGGUAGAGGAGAUGGAUACUUUUAAAUCUGAGUGUGGAGUGAUGGGCGCAGCAUAUAUUCCUGACUCAUCUCUUCUCUUGGAGGGGUUAGUAGAAGAAUCAAAGGUGGAGGAAAUGGAUACUUCUAAAUUUGAGUGCGGAAUGAUGGGCGCUAAGUAUGACGAAAACAGAAUUGGAAGCAACUUUGGUGCACCGCGUAAGUUGGAGAUUGAGAAAGAUUUCCAAAUGGACGAUAUAGAGUUGAGUGAGAAUGAUUACCAAGUUGAUUUUCCUGACCACAAUUUGACUUCAAUUUCUCAGGAACAAUGCAAAGAUUCUGAGGAAUCGGAAGUGGAUGCAGAUGGCAGAGUUCCAACGGAGAUGGUUACUAUCAUGGAUAGCAAGCAUGCGGAGGAAUUUCCUACACUCACCUCAUCUUUGAGGGAUAAAAUAGAAAAUGAAGAUGCCAAAGAAAUGGUGGAGAAAACAGAAAAUUCAGAUUUAAUGGAAAAGAAUACAGUUGAGGAACAAUCAAAGACGCCAGUUUUAUCUCAAUUUCAUCCUAUUGAAGCAGUGGAGGUUCUGCUCCCAACAUGCCCUGUUUCUCCACCUCAUUCCGAAGAUUCAAAACAGGACAACCCAAUGGAAAUCAAGGGUACAGAAAACGGAACCAGACCAAGUGAAGAACUAAAUCAACAGAAUUGCAAGAAGGUUGUUAUGAAUCAAGUUUCCCAUCACGAUUCAAGAAGCAUAAAUAUGGAAGCAUUGGUCUCAACACCUGAAUUGGAAAAGGAAAAAUCAGUGCAAGACCAUGUGAAGUGCCCAGAGAUGACUGCAAUGGUAGCUGGACCAUCUGAUGCUUCAAACUGCUCUCCAAGACAAGAAUCAGUAUGUGAUGCAUCUGACCAUGAUUCCAAAUAUGGUCCUGUAACGCCAGUAGAAAGUGGGAACUCUGCUGAUGAGUUGGAUCAAGAGAAUCACAAGACCAAGAUCGAUAUGUCCUGUCCAGUUGUAGAAGUUCCAGCCAGGAAGUCACAUGAACAAAGUUCUGAGCAGAGCCAAAUACUUAACCGGACAAGAAGUGCAAAAGGUGAAUUUUCUGCAUCUACAAGUUGUGAUAUUGAAGCUAAAGAAACCAUGCAGAGAUUCAGUACUGAAUCGAAUCCAGAAAACAUUAACUUCCGUGAGGUAAGUAAACCUGCUAUCUUUGAUUUUGAGUUUCCCCUUGAAGAGAGGACUGAAUCUGAUAGAACUCCAUUACUGCGUCAAAGGUCUGAAGUAGGAGAUGUAUUUGAGAUUGAACUUAAUAAGCAUCUAUCUGAAACAUCUGUAGAAAAGGUUGAUGUUAGCAUUGAAAACCCAGUUCCAGAAACUGAACUGCCAUCACCUAAAGAUUGCAAGGAAGAAUCUGAUCAUGACCCAGUACAGUGUCAGAAUGUGUUAAUAGACAAGCAAGAUCCUACAUUGGAAAAAACUGGCUCAGAGAAGUUGAGAGCCCCACUUCAAAACUUCCUGAAGGAAGGAGAAAGUCAUGUGAAGGUAUCAGCCCAAAAAACAGAGGUCCCUGUUCCUGUUGCAAAGACAUCAGAGGAAGAUGCAUGGAACUCAAAGCCUAGUAAAGUAAUAAUCACUUCAACUAGAGCCAAAGAGAAGCGGAAGCCCAAGUCCUCUCUUUUCGGCAACUGCAUGUGUUGCACAGCGGUGAUAAAUUAAAAGCCUUUCUUCAAACUUUUAAUUGUUUCCAAUGGUUCUGUGAUUGGGGUGCUGUUGAAGGAUGUUUUUGAUGAAGGAAGAUUAUUGGUGGGUUGUAGAUUUAAAAGAAAAAAAAAAG